GGAUGCAAAUAUUUUCCUGUUUCAAUCUCUUGUGUAAAGGUAAAUAAUUCCUGCAGUUUUUAACUUGUUGUAAGGAAAAGCAAAUGUUGUGCAGCAUUAUCUCUAAUGUUUUCAGAUCCAAUGGUGUUCUGAGGAAUUAUUCUGUGUAGAAAAAUAUAUGGUUUUCUUGUGCAAAAUUCAUAUUUUUUGUUUUACGCAGAUAUCAGUAUUCUUAUCUGUCUUUUUCAGCUGAGCAAAAAAAUAUUUCUACACUCUAAACAUGAUUUCCUGAGCAGAAGAUUUGUUUUUAUGCAGAAAACAUAAUUGUAUUUCUGUGCAGAAUUAUUUCCAAGAACAUUUUGUCAUGCUGACUAUGUCAUUUACAAAUGUUACACAUUUCAGACCUUUUUAUGCAACAUGCAUAUGAAUUUUUGUAUUAACAUGUAAGUAUAGACACAGACACCAACAGUGAUGAUUAAAUAUGCUCAAACUGUAUAAGAAAGAUUCAAGUAAACAUUUUGGAUUAAUUGUGCCCUGCUUGUUAUUUUUGUUUUUUCCCCACAGAUCAUUAAGGAGAAAUGGAAAACCAAACUGAUAGAUCAGAGUUUAUUUUCUUGGGACUUUCUAGUGAUCCUCAGCUGCAGAUCUUUUUCUUUGUAAUAUUUUUUACCAUUUAUUUCAUAACACUCUCCGGAAACAUCACAAUCAUCCUAGUGAUUAAAACAGACCCUUCUCUUUACUCACCAAUGUAUUAUUUUCUCUCUCAUUUGUCUUUUGUUGACAUCUGUUAUUCUACUGAUAUUGUUCCUAAGAUGUUGGCAAACUUGCUUAUGAAGCAAAAGACUAUCUCCUCCACUGGCUGCCUUACACAGAUGUUUUUCAGCCUUCUCUUGAGUGUUACAGAAGUGUUUAUCCUUUCAGCAAUGGCUUAUGACAGAUACACUGCUGUGUGUCAUCCACUUCACUAUGUAGUGGUCAUGAGCAAAUCAGUAUGCAGUUACCUGCUGAUGGGCUCAUGGCUAAUGGGCUUGUCUUUUGCAGUAAUAAAUGCAGUGCCUAUAUUCAAAGUACAGUUCUGUGGCUUUCAUGAAAUCAGGCACUUCAGCUGUGAACUCCCGCCAUUGUUGAAAAUAUCUUGUUCUGACACCUUCCUCAAUAAUAUAAUCCUUUAUUCCUCUGUUGUAAUUUUUGGGCUUGGUUCCUUUCUACCAACCUUGAUCUCCUACAUUCACAUCAUUUCCACCAUUUUGAAGAUCCGCUCAACAGAGGGACGAAGCAAAGCUUUCUCUACCUGUAGUUCUCACCUGACCGUGGUUGGUUUACUCUAUAUGACAGGAAUGUCCCAGUACAUGAAACCCAGCAGCAUCUCUUCAGUAGUGGUGGAUGAACUUUUUUCUGUUCAGUAUAGCAUUUUGACUCCUAUGCUGAAUCCAAUUAUUUACAGUUUGAAAAAUAAAGAAGUGAAGAGAGCACUUGGGAAACUAUUUGGGAAAAAAUAAAUGUAAUU